GGCGGCGGGCACCGAGUCACCAGGCACAACCGUGGGCUCCGAGUCAACUGGGAUGACCGCUGGCACUGGGUCAGACAUUGGAUCGUCUGGCUGGACAGCGGGCAUCGGGUCACCAGGCAUCAGGUCAUUUGGCUCGACAGCGGGCACCGCGUCAUCUGGCAAGGCAGUGGGCUCCGAGUCAACUGGUAUGACCGCGGGCACUGGGUCAGACAUUGGAUCGUCUGGCUGGACAGCGGGCACUGGGUCACCAGGCAUCAGGUCAUUUGGCUCGACAGCGGGCACCGCGUCAUCUGGCAAGGCAGUGGGCUCCGAGUCAACAGGCACGACAGUGAGCACACCGGGUCAUCAGGUACCGGAUUGUCUGGCUCGACAGCGGGCAUCGGGUCACCAGGCAUCAGGUCAUUUGGCUCGACAGCGGGCACCGGAUCAGGUACCGGAUCAUCUGGAUCAACAGCGGGCAUCGAGUCAACUGGCCUAAUAGGAUCGUCAGGCUGGAUCAGUUCAUCAUGCUGGGUAGAGGCAUCAGGCCGAGUAGAGGCAUCAGGCCGAGUAGAGGCUUCAGGCCGAGUAGAGGCUUCAG